UUUGCAGCUCAUAGCGGAGAGGUAAAAGGUCGUUCUUUGUAACGUGUCAGUAGACAGUCGCCAUACCCGGUGUCACUGUGCGCCUGGGUUGCUGCUGAUUCACCCAUUGAUAUAUUGAAUACCUUUCUUAGCAACGGCUUGAAAAAAUGGCCAAAAAGCGGAGAGAUGCACGAGACGCGGACAACUUGUCCUCACCAGCGCAAACGGAAGUGAAGUCCAUCGACAAAAACUCUCAGCUUCUGAAAGAGGCUCAACAAAGUAUUGGAGGCUCAACACGCAUGUCUCUGCUAAUUCUGGUAUCGAUAUUCGCCUGCUCCGCCUCGGUCAUGUACCUGGUCUACAAGAACUUUCCAGAGCUUCCAGACGAUGAAAUGGAAAAAAUCAAGAUCCCAAGAGACAUGGAUGAUGCCAAAGCUUUAGGAACGGUGUUGUCCAAAUACAAGGACACCUACUACACCCAGGUGUUGGUGGCGUACUUUGCAACCUAUGUUUUCCUCCAGACAUUUGCUAUCCCUGGAUCAAUCUUCCUCAGCAUCCUGUCGGGCUAUCUCUACCCUUUCCCGUUGGCUCUUUUCUUAGUCUGCUUGUGCUCUGGCCUUGGGGCUUCCUUCUGCUUUAUGUUGUCAUAUCUGGUGGGCAGACCGGUGGUCUACAAAUACCUCACAGAGAGAGUGCAGAAAUGGUCCCAGCAGGUCGACAAACAUAGAGAUCAUUUAAUCAACUACAUCAUCUUCCUGAGGAUAACCCCCUUUCUUCCAAACUGGUUCAUUAACAUCACCUCGCCUAUCAUCAAUGUGCCUUUGGGGGUUUUCUUUGUCGGCACCUUCCUCGGGGUGGCGCCGCCGUCCUUUGUAGCGAUCAACGCUGGAACAACACUGUACAAGCUUACCACAGCCGGCGAGGCCGUGUCCUGGAACUCUUUGGCUGUGCUUGGCGUCCUUGCCGUGCUCUCCAUCCUGCCCGUCUGCUUCCAGAAAAAGCUGCAGCAGAAACUUGAGUAGAACUCUUCAGGCGCCUCAGCAUGUCAUCCGCUGGCCGUUCCUAGCGUUCCCUUUGCUCGGUUGAGGAACACACUGCUGUCACUGUAUCUGCUUUUUGCAUCAGCCUCGUGCGCAGCCACUGGUGUGCUGUUCGUGGAGAAGUCCUAACAAGCACGGAGUACAAAAUGCAUGCUGCGGUGGGGUUUUCCUCAUGUUAAGUAAAAUGCAAACUGUUUGCAGAAUAUUUUUCUUUUCGUGACUUAUGUUGCUGAUUGUGGCACAUCUUGUAAAUAAGAUGUAGUUUUUAUUUAAGGCACUGUUUAUUUUGAUUCUCUCAAGACAAGUGAAGGUGCUACUAGUAGGAUGCUUUUCGUGGUUGUGUUCAGCACACAGACUUAUAUGCUGUCUGUUAACAUCCAUCUUAAUAGUUACUGGCACAUUGGUUGCCCGACACUAGCUGAACAACACUUUCCAGUGGUUGGCAUCCCUAACCUUUCUUAAUAUUUAUUUGAUCAUUUUUUGUGUUUAGUUUUAUCUGAGUCAUCUGUAUUACCACGGCAAUAAUUGUCACACUGUUCUGAUUUUAUGUUUUUUAAAAGCAUAAUGGGAUGAAGUGGAAAAUAGAUGUAACUAAAAUUGUGCCUGGAUCCACAGAGUUCCCUGUCUCUUUUUCAACCUGAAGCAGGACGUGCUCUAGGUUAAUGUUUGUCUUCCCGAAGGGUACUUCCAGGGCUAGAUCUUCUUCUGCUAGUGUUUUUAACUUAUUAAAUUAAAAGCAAAUAUAAGAUUUCCACAAAAAAUGUGUGUAAUCAAAAUGCCUAUUUAAAAACAAAAAGAUUGCAAAGCAAUUAUCUUGAUUGUAUAAUUGCUACUAUGAGCUGACUUUAAUUAUGAUUUAAAUGAUGUUAAUUCAUUUCUUUGUGUUCACUCUGUUUUGUUUUGGGGGUUUUUUUUGUGUGUAAUUUUCUCCCUGUAUUUGGCAGUGUGGUUCAUACCACAGAUUGUAUAGGAAGGGGGGUGGUCCAUCAGACUGCAAAUAUACUCGGAGGUAGGAAGGCCAUGUUGAUUUACUGGUUGCAGUUCAUCAUAAUGACGUGUGUAACUGUGGUCUUUAUGUCGCACGUUUCCUGUAACUUUCUUACAGUGGUAACCUUUUACAAAGACAUCCUAUUACACAGAGGAUGGUAAAACUGUUCCUUUUUUUUUUUACUUUAACACCUUAACACAGGAUGUUUAGUGCAUUAAUGUCCCUCUAAAAAUGAGAAAUAAAGUGAUUAUUCCUAAAUGAAUUUAUGUAGAAACCCACCAACACCAACAUUUGUUGUUGUUUUUGUUUUUAUGUCGUUUCUGAGAAGAUUUUUACACCAGAUAUACACUGUUGACUUUGAAAAUAGAACUUACAAUGCAUUAGGUAAAGGUGAUUGAUAAAUUACUAUAAAGUCAAAUCUUAUUCUGUCUUCAUGUAUAAUUAAAGACUUUUAAUUAAUAUAAUUCUUCCAUACAAAAUUCAAGCGGGUAGAUUUUGAUCGAUUUAAUAUGAGUGUUCCCUAUAGAAUCCCAUUACCAGCUGUACACUUGCUACUGAAUAUUUUUGUUCUUGAUGUUAUUUUAUUCCUCCAAAUCAAAUGUCAAAAUUCUUUUCACCCCUUUUUCCAAUGAUGUAAAAGGCAGUAUUAUGCUCGACUGAGUAGUGAUGUUCUUCUAUAACAAACGGAUUACAGCUUUUUUUUCCUGUCCAGACUAAACCUUUUUUGUAAAUGACCAAUUAAAAGUAUCUUUUUACAACGUGA